AUCGCAACAGUCUCCUCCGCCGGAACCGCCGCCUCCUCUCCUUUCCAGUUUCCGAUGCCGAUAAAAGUCGGUCACUCUCACUCACACUUCCCAAAUGCAAUUCCAGCAAAUAUUACCCCUACAAUCCAUCAUCUAAGGUUCGUCAAUGGCUUCGCGGCGUCUCCUAGCUUCUCUCCUCCGCUCAAAACCGUCCUUCAAAUGUCCACGGCUGAAGCCGCGGCCUCUCUCUCCUUCACCCGCCGGCCACGCGCUCCAUCGCGUCGUGAGCUACGCUACCUCCGCGGCGGCGAAGGCGCCGGAACCGCGACCUUCUGGAUCGCCGUCUGCCAAAAAGACCGGCGGUAAGAUCACUGACGAGUUCACCGGCGCCGGCUCUGUUGGGAGCGUUUGUCAGGUUAUCGGUGCCGUUGUUGAUGUAAGAUUUGAUGACGGUUUGCCGCCGAUCCUGACGGCGCUGGAGGUUAUGGAUAAUCCGAUAAGGUUGGUGCUGGAAGUGGCGCAGCAUUUGGGAGAGAAUAUGGUGCGGACUAUCGCUAUGGAUGGAACUGAAGGGCUUGUCCGGGGUCAAAGAGUCCUCAAUACUGGCUCUCCAAUAACUGUGCCUGUUGGCAGGGCAACACUUGGCCGGAUUAUUAAUGUCAUUGGAGAGGCUAUUGAUGAGAAGGGUGACUUAAAAACGGAUCACUAUCUCCCAAUUCACCGAGAAGCUCCAGCCUUUGUGGAACAAGCUACUGAACAACAGAUCCUUGUAACUGGAAUCAAGGUGGUUGAUCUACUUGCUCCAUAUCAAAGAGGUGGGAAGAUUGGGCUUUUUGGUGGUGCAGGUGUUGGGAAGACGGUGCUUAUUAUGGAGCUUAUUAACAAUGUGGCCAAGGCUCAUGGUGGUUUCUCAGUGUUUGCUGGUGUGGGUGAACGUACACGUGAGGGUAAUGAUUUGUACAGAGAAAUGAUUGAGAGUGGUGUUAUUAAGCUUGGGGACAAGCAGAGUGAGAGCAAAUGUGCUCUGGUAUAUGGUCAAAUGAAUGAACCCCCUGGUGCACGUGCUCGUGUUGGACUUACUGGGCUGACAGUUGCUGAACACUUUCGGGAUGCUGAGGGCCAAGAUGUGCUACUUUUCAUUGACAAUAUUUUCCGGUUCACUCAAGCAAACUCUGAGGUAUCUGCUUUACUGGGUCGCAUCCCCUCUGCUGUUGGUUAUCAACCAACUUUGGCUACUGACCUUGGAGGACUUCAAGAACGUAUCACCACGACUAAGAAGGGGUCAAUUACUUCCGUCCAAGCUAUCUAUGUUCCCGCUGAUGACUUGACAGAUCCAGCUCCUGCAACUACUUUUGCUCACCUUGAUGCCACAACUGUGUUAUCCCGACAGAUUUCUGAGCUGGGUAUCUAUCCGGCUGUUGAUCCUUUGGAUUCAACUUCCCGCAUGCUUUCUCCCCAUAUCCUAGGCGAUGAACACUAUAACACUGCAAGAGGAGUACAGAAGGUACUCCAAAACUACAAAAAUCUGCAGGAUAUUAUCGCCAUCCUGGGAAUGGACGAACUAAGUGAAGAUGACAAACUCACUGUUGCUCGUGCACGAAAGAUUCAAAGGUUUCUGAGCCAGCCUUUCCACGUGGCAGAAGUAUUUACAGGCGCGCCUGGGAAGUAUGUGGAGUUGAAAGAGAGCAUAACAAGCUUCCAGGGUGUGCUGGAUGGAAAGUAUGAUGACCUUUCGGAGCAUUCAUUUUACAUGGUGGGAGGCAUAGAUGAGGUGAUUGCCAAGGCUGAGAAGAUUGCCAGGGAGUCCACCAGUGGUUGAUCAGAGAGAUCAUGCUGCUACAUUUUUGGUUUUCUUUUUUCUGGUUAAGCUGAGAACAGAAACUGGCCAUAUUUCUGUGGCUGCUAUUUUUGAAUUUCGAUUAUAUUGCAUUUCCACCUGAUCAUAAGAUUUAAUCAAUUGUGUAAGAGUCGGCCCAGGCUGGAUCGGAUGAGGAUUAUUCUCUUCCAUUAUAUAUUAUGUUGCUGAUACCAAUAAUUGAAAAUAUGUUUG